AGAAGAAGAAGAAGAAGAAACAGCAGCAGCAGCGGCUGCUGCCGCGGCAGAAGAGAAAGCAAAAGCCGCCCCAGGGCUCGGAGCCACCGGCGCGGCAUCCGCGGGGCUGCGCGGCCAUGGCCCGGGAGAACGGGGACGGCGGCGGCUCCUGGAAGAAGCAGGCGGAGGACAUCAAGAAGAUCUUCGAGUUCAAGGAGACGCUGGGGACGGGUGCAUUCUCCGAAGUGGUUUUGGCCGAAGAGAGAGCGAGUGGGAAACUCUUUGCAGUCAAGUGCAUUCCCAAGAAGGCACUGAAGGGAAAGGAAAGCAGCAUAGAGAAUGAAAUUGCUGUGCUCAGAAAGAUCAAGCAUGAAAACAUAGUUGCCCUGGAAGACAUCUAUGAGAGCCCGAACCAUUUGUACCUGGUCAUGCAGUUAGUGUCCGGGGGAGAGCUGUUUGACCGCAUCGUGGAGAAAGGCUUCUACACGGAGAAGGAUGCCAGCACCCUGAUCCGGCAGGUCCUGGACGCUGUGUACUACCUGCACCGCAUGGGCAUCGUGCACAGGGACCUCAAGCCUGAGAACCUGCUUUACUACAGCCAGGAUGAAGAGUCAAAAAUCAUGAUCAGUGACUUUGGAUUGUCGAAGAUGGAGGGUAAAGGAGAUGUGAUGUCCACAGCCUGUGGAACUCCUGGCUAUGUCGCUCCUGAAGUGCUGGCCCAGAAACCCUACAGCAAAGCUGUGGACUGCUGGUCCAUCGGGGUUAUCGCAUACAUCCUCCUCUGUGGAUAUCCCCCUUUCUACGAUGAAAAUGACUCCAAACUCUUUGAGCAGAUCCUUAAGGCCGAGUAUGAGUUUGACUCUCCAUACUGGGAUGACAUCUCUGAGUCUGCUAAAGACUUCAUUCGCAAUUUGAUGGAGAAGGACCCCAAUAAAAGAUACACCUGUGAGCAAGCAGCACGGCACCCUUGGAUUGCUGGUGAUACAGCACUCAACAAAAACAUCCACGAGUCGGUCAGCGCUCAGAUCCGGAAGAACUUCGCAAAAAGCAAAUGGAGACAAGCGUUCAACGCCACAGCAGUCGUGCGGCACAUGAGGCGGCUACACCUCGGCAGCAGCCUGGACAGCGCCAGCGCCGGCGUGUCCAGCACCCUCAGCCUCGCCACACCCCUGCCUGAGGCAGCCACACGGAAAGAUUGUAUGUCUCCAUCCACUCUCUGUAGUUUUGUUUCAUCCGCUUCUUCAGGUGUUUCUGCGGUCGGAGGGGACCGGAGACCCAGACCCACCACAGUGACCACAGUGCACACAGGGAGCAAGUGAGAGCGGGGCCGGCGAGAAGCGGGCAGGAGGCCGGGCUGGCAGGUGGCCCCGGUGCUUUUCCACCCUGAGGCAAACGCUCAAGAGAAGGACUAGAAGAAAGAAGAUUUUUUUAUGGCCAUAUUUUAUACUGCAAUUCUGAAAUGUUUCAUUUAUCACAAACUGCAAAUGACUCCAGGGGGAACGGAUCUAACAGUCUCUGGUGCUGUACAUAUAUACAUUUAUAUAUAUAUAAGUAUAUAUAUGUAUGUGAGUCUAGCAAUGUUCUAACCAAUGAACACUCAUUCUUUUCCCCAGUGAUUUACUCUUUUCUCAGUGUAGGUAACAGUACAUGCUGUAUUUUUUUCCAUUAACUACAAACAUCUCAACUGGAUUAUUUAAAUAGAGAUACUUUUCUGAGCAUUAUUUUUUUUUUCUUUUAAAAAUUACUUCCAGUAAUGUUCCUCCUUCCAGUUUGCUGGGGGAUAGGCUAUUUCUGUAGGUAGGAAUCAACGUUAACUUUCCAACAUGGGAGGAUUUCAAUGGCAUGCCAUUUCUUACUCCUGAAAUUGGAUUGCAAGUCUGUCUGGCUUUAGCAGAGCUGUUACUGCUCAGAUUAAGAAACUGCUGCUUUCCCUCCUGCUCAGAUUAAGAAACUGCUGUUUUCUGUCCCAUCCUUCUCCUUCAAAGCCACAGUGAGAGUUGGGUUGCCAUCAGAUGGGAGUCAACUCAUGCUUGGCCUCAUUCUUGUAGUUCUUGGGAUCAGCACCCUUUUUUUUUUUUCACCCUUUUUCAGAAGAGAGGCAGGUACAUGGUGUCAGGCCAGAGCUGAGCAGAGCUGAGCAAAGGACAUGGCAGAGCAUGGUCUCAUCCUGCAGCUUCUCUCCUUUGAGCCGCUGUGUGUUACGAGCAGAGUGGAAGCAAAGGAAGAUGCGUGACUGGGAGUCAUCACCCUCUGUUACUGACUUGCUGUGCUGCCCUCGAGCAUGACAAUUUAUUCACCACUCUGGCAUCUGGCAUGGGGUGCAACCAGUCCAAGGGUUCCAUGGCAGAGGUGCUGAGCACCCACAGUUCCUCGGGGCUUUGCAUGGCAUUGCUGAUGCUCAGCACCUCCCAGAGUGGCCAAAGCUGCGUUAUCGGAAACCAAAAAGAAAAGUGCAGACUUUAAUCUCUGCGUGCCAGGUUUGCACCCUGGGCAGAGGGGAGGGCUGAUGCUUGAACCCCUCUGUAAAGCACUGGCAGGUUCUUGGGUGCAUAGUGCAGGAUCUGAGGCAGUGUGGCUCCGUCACGCUUAGCUCUGGCCCAGGGGUGACAGGGAGUGCUGAGCUGGGAAAGUAGGACACAGGCACAGGUGGGGUGACACUGGCUCCCCCUCCUCCCCAGAAGCUCAUAUACUACAGCAAGCUCAAUAUACCCAUUUUUUAAUUACUGAAUGCAUGCACUUCCCAGGUGCAUCAUCUAGGAACAGCCACCAGGACUGUUGUAUCACCGUGCAUUAAAGCAGUUAAAUUUGUUGAUUGUUGAUUAAAACAGAGAGGAGAGCAAAUCUGCCCAGAUGUGCUGAAGGGCUCCAGGUUACUUCAGCACCAUUCCCAUUUGUGGUUUUCCCUUAAGGAGGUGAGAAGGGAGACAGGUGACAGAGGCAGGCACCCUUCACUGAGCGCUGUGAACAUCUUGCACCCCAGACAGGUCCAUGUCCCCAUCGGGACAACCCAUUCCCUACAGUGUGCUCCAUUGCCACACUUUGCAUCAUUUAUCCUGCAUAGAAAUUGUGAAAGCUGGUCAAGGGCAGAGCUGAAUGUAUCAGGCAAUAGUCACUGUGCUGGGAAAAGCCAUACGAUACAUUAUUUUUCAUUGAGAUUUCAAAAUCCUCCUUCCUCUUCAGUCAGUUGGUUUCAGCUGGAAGAGCCAGGAUUGCAUCCGUCAUACUUUGAGCACUAAAAGCUGGAAAACCUUGUGUCAGUGAGCACUGACUUUGUUUGAAACAGCCACUCCUUUGGUGGCACUUAGAGCUGUUGCACCAGGUAGAGCUCCAGUUUCCUCAGCAUUCCCAUUUUCAGAGGGCUAUGGCACAUCUGAGUGAGCUCCUGGGAUGACUGGUGCACCCCACCAUGUUGCAGCUGGCAUGGAUCCUCACACAGAAAGGCUUCAAUUUCUCAUUAGAGGAAAGAUAUCAGAUACUGAACUGUUGGGGUUUCAUAGCAAAACCCCACAUAAUUUACCACUGUCCCCAUCCCCUGGUCAUUGCCACCAUAUACUUUCAUCAGCAUUUACAUCGGAGCUCUUUAUGUCUCAUUCUAAGGUUACUUUAUUUUGCCGACCUGGUUAAGAAAGUUUUAGUUUCAAGAGACUCCAACCCCAAGAAAUUCAAGGUAUUUUGAACCCCCAUGAUUUCACAAGCCCAGCUGGUCCUAUUCUAUUCUGCUCCAGCUUCAGGGAUAUAAGUAGACAGUCUCCCAGUUUGGCAUCAGUGGAGUUUCCCUUGUUUACACACAUGCAACCAAAAGCAGGAUUUGGUUAGAAUCACAGAAUCAUAGAAUCAAUUGGGUUGGAAAAGACCUCCAAGAUCAUCAAGUCCAACCCUCGAUCCAACACCGCUGUGGUUACCAGACCA